UUCACCGUCGCUACCUAAAGUCUUCACGGAACCAAAUGCUAAAAUUAUUCAUUGUUUAGUAUCAAUAUAUGUUACUUUUGAUAAAUCUGUUGUAUUUUUCGAUUAAGAGAGGGAAAACUGUUCUACAUGACAAAGAUUUGGUUGAAAAAUGAUAAAAUACGUGCUGGGAUUUGACCUAAAGUUGGUUUCGGUGUUAUGAAGAUUGUUGUUGACCGGACGAAAGACGUUCUAAGAUGCCUUCAUUUGGGUUUCUGGAUAAAGUGGAACAUUUUUUUCAGACUGGAAAGUUUGGAGAAAAUUCAUCUAAAAGUUUAAAAAAAGGAAUCAAAGCUGCCUGCAAACGAUUCAUCUACAAAGAUGGCCUUUUGAUGCGACCUUAUCGAGGUCGCCUCCUUCGUGUCGUCAGAAGUGAAAAAGAGAUUCGGGAGAUUUUGACACGUUAUCAUGAUGACAACAACCAUGCCGGCAGAGAACGGGUAGUGAGAGAAAUUAUGCUGAUGUACUACUGGGUUGGAGUAACGGAGACUGUGAAGAACUGGGUCAAAGCUUGCCCAGUUUGUCACAGCCGCCCUCCUCCUCCUUUCCAACCAGCUGUUCUGUUCUGCCUGGUUUACGGUUGCGAUGCCUCCAGCUACGCUUUCCCUGAGCUCACCUUUCACAGGUUUCCUAAGGAUGAGGAGCAGCGGAAGAAGUGGCUACAGGUGGCUCAAAGGGACGAAGCCUCGCUACGCACCAACUCCUACAUCUGCUCCAGACACUUUGAAAUGUCCUGCUUUACACUCACUGAGGAGGGUCAGCUGGUGCUCUCUCCAGAUGCUGCCCCAACCUUACUGCCUGUAACAGCCCAUGGAAAUGAGGUGUCUGUGGAGUCAGAUGAAAAUUUCAGUUAUUCCAACAUGUGGAAAGAUGAACUCAAAGAAGCCGCUGGUGCUGCAGUCAUCGACCACAGCACUCAUCCUGUCAGUCUGUCUGAAGCAUCUAUGCAGCUUCAGGAACAUCAGUACUGCCUGCCAGGCCCAGCACCAGACUGCAGGGCUGCCAGAAUAAUGAAUGAACCCCGGAGGAGGACAGCUGUUGAGCCAGGCUUCAUUACUUACAACCAUAUUGCCAGGUACUUAAGUACCAGGGUACUACCUAUGCAGGGCAAAAGAAGCAGGUCAGCUUUAAAAAGAAUGGCCAAGCGUUUUGGUCUGAUAGAUGGACUGUUGAUGUACACCAGAGUCUCUCCACCCCUCAGAGUACCACGCAGCAGAGAAGAGGUCAAUUCCAUCCUACAGCAGUUUCAUGACAACCAGGGCCACUAUGGGCAGGGAAUCUGCCAGAGACAGAUCUCUAGGCACUACUACUGGGGUAGCCUGAGUCGAGACCUGGCCAGCUGGAUCUCCAGCUGCCAGACGUGUGUGAACAGAUCUAAAAGGAAGAUGAUUCGCUGCAGUGUCUCCAAGUGCACUAACCGCUGUGGCCCAGUGGAGAGAAAACUCGGACUUAUUUUCCACAGAUUUCCUCUCCAUAAUCUGCCCCUGCUGUCUCAGUGGCUGAAGGCUUGCGGCCGGGGGAACUGGCAUCCUCGACUCUGGUCCUCCAUUUGUUCUGCCCAUUUCACAGAGAAGUGCUACGACAGUAAUGGAGAAAAAAACACUCUCCUUCCAGAUGCCGUGCCCACGUUAAACAUCCACAACAACUCAAAGGCAGACGGUUUGACCUCACCACCAGCAGGGGAGGAGGCUUUUUUUGCAAAAUAUAAUGCAGUGGAGCUCUACAUCAGCAGACGCAUUUACCCGCCUGGACUAACCUAUGUAGAGAAGAACACCUUCAGGAGAUUCUGCAAAAGAUACACUAUCAUAGAUGACAAGCUGCACAUUGUGACAGGAGACCAGAUGCGCUUGGUUCUGAGGAGUAGGGAGCAGGUCGAAACAGCUCUUUUGGACUUUCACAACGAACUUAACCACCUCAAUGUCAACAAGUGUCUCAGACUGCUCAACGAAAGGUAUUACUGGCAAACAAUGAAGCCUGAUGUGGUUCAGUGGAUCAACAACUGUUCUCGGUGCAGCCUGAAAAUGAAAAAAAAACCCUGUCAUCAAGCAGAGGCAGAUAUAUCUGAGAUGCAGUCUCUGACUUCUGCGCAACAUGCCUCACACAGUGCUGAUGAUGAUGAAGAUGAUGACGAUGACGGUGAUGAAUAUGAUGGCGGUGAUACAGAUAAUGAAAAUGGCUGUAUAGAUGGGGUUGUAGAGGAGGAGCUUACGCUGGAGUCCGUGGAGACAAUGUCUGUGGAGACUCCACCAUUCCCUGUGUCCUCCAGUAUACUUCCUCCCAAUCCGCAGCCAAGAAUUCCCAUACUUAUCCAUUUGAAAACCCCCUGUCAACUUCAGAACAAAGCAUCUAUCAUUCUCCAACCCAGGAUUCCCAACUCAACCCUUGUUGCCAGGAUGUGGCCGAACAAAAUGAUGACUACUGUACAUCCUGAUACAUUCAGCAGCUGUGACGUUCAAUCCAGUAACCAGAGUCUGUCAAACAAGCCAGGUGAACCUGAAGAUCCCAAAGGAACAAUUAGCUCUGAAAACAUUAUUAAUGUGCAUCAUUUCAUCAAAGAGCAGAGUACAGCUGUCCCAGCCCUUGUACAGCCACAUCCUCCUUCUGAACAAACUCAAACUCAAAAUAACAGUCAUGGACAAAAGAUCAAAAAAUUCAGAGAUUCCCAGAGCCAGCGACUACACCAGAGCUCUGUAAAGAGGAAGAGAGGUACGCAGGGAGACAGUUUCCUUCAAGGAAGUUCCAGCUGUGGUCUAGAGCCAGUCGUGGCUUCAAGCUCCAAACCCUGGCCUGUUUUCACCAUCGCCAACUCUGAGGUGGCACAGGAAGCUCAGCUAUCUCCCACAGUGUAUAGUCCACCUGUGCGUCACAAAUCCAAAAGUCUUCAGGCCCGGACCAUUAUCCAGCAGUGCAGCCAGGCCAAAGUUAAGGUCAGACCAGCAGUAGAUGGUGCUGAUGCUGACUGGGUCCAGAUUAAACAGGGAUUGGUUGUAUAUGUGUGCUUCUUUCAAGGAGCUACAGAGGAGAUCACACAUGAGAUGGCCGACAAGUUCAUGUCCACUAAAGUUUUUCGAAAAGACAGGCACACUGUGUCAGUUCUCGACCUUCCUGGGAGUGUUUUACUGGUUCCCCAAGACUCUCUGGUGGGUGAGCCACUGGUCAAUAGAAGAAUGCAGUACAAAGACAGAUGUGAGCCUUGGCUGGGGGCUCAGCUUUUCUCAAGCCUAGUUGGAGCCUGUAGAAAGCUCAUGUCAGAAUCAGCCAAGUGCACAAAGGAGGGCAUGAAGGUGGAGCAUGGAGUCUAUGGGCAGAAACAAGAGAUCAGCAUCCAAUCUCUGGAGCCGCUAUCAGUGCUCCUGGAGUUCUGAGACUCACCUGAGACCUUCCUACAACUUCAGUCCUGUCCUCAAGAAAAAGUCUUAGGGAGGCUUUUCAUUAAACCUACAGUAACAAUAAUAGAACUUACUUUGCUGAGCACUACAGAGGACUUGCAGAGAACAUUAGAUUCCAUAUCAAAUGUGAUCCAGUCUUUAAAGUACUGUUAUGUCACAAUAUGAAGGCUGCAUUUGUUGUAUAAAGCAUAGUUCCUCUCAAAUUUCUGGCAUGUCCAAUGUCUACCUCAUUGUUUUGCUAACCCUUUUGCACAUGGAUCAACACAAAAAAAUGUUUUCAGAGGUUUAAAAUAUGAGACGUUCCUAACUUUAAGUGGUUUGAGGUUUGAGCUGAGAAAAAUUCUAAGGAUAAAUGUAUAUUAUUUUUCAUGCUACUUUACUAUUUAGAGAAAAUCACAAUGUUCAAAAUUUGUUGUAAAAAUGAAAAUGCAUUCUGAAUUUAUGUAAUGCAUAACAUCACAAAUAAAAUGUUUCUUUUG